UGAUCAUGCCAGACGCGCGCAAAGAUUGAAAAUGGAUUCCGCUGUCGAUGUUAAAACCUCGCGCAAGAUUAGCUGCUGUAGUAAACAAGCUGUUGAAACGUCAAUUACCACACUUUUGUCAUCAGUUAAUCAACACAUAGACAAGACAAAGUAUAAUGAGGAGUUUCGGGAAGGAUUAAAGCAAAGAUUUAAGGAGAUCUAUGAAAAUGCAGUUCAUGACAAUAUCUCAGUAGAAGGACAAACAUGGAGCCAGUCAUUGGAAGAUGGCAAUACAACCAAAGAUUAUGAACCAGUGGAUGUAGAACUUAAGAAUGAAAUCACGUCAAGGACCCUUGAACUGGAUGAGCUGAUGGUAAAGACCACAGCAAAGAGGAGAACACACCCUCCUAAAGUUGCUCAUGAGGUCAAUAAACGCAUGAAGCACUUACGACAUGCUGUGAAACAACACAAACCGGUAAUACCCCUGAUGCAGAUGAACGAUAAAGAGCUACCUAAGCAAGUUCUCAUUGAGGAAUCCAAACGACUACAGGAAUCAGGAGACGUUAUAUCUACUAUAUCAAGGGAUCUGCCACUGUUGGAGGAUAAGGCAUCUCGUUUGAUUGAAGCAAGACAGCUGAGGUCAUCCAUGCAAAACAACAGUAUCUAUAAGGUCAUCUCACGACCUCUGACAGACGAAAGCAAGAUGGCUGCCUCCAUGACUCCUCUUCAGCACAGACUAGCCAAUGAGACACCAUCCCCCAUCAGGCUGACGGCUAGGUAUAAUUUCCGAGCCCUCCAGGUCCAAAGCCAUCCAAUCAAUAAGAAUUUCAAAGUGGCUGCUUCUGACGAACCGAACUGAAAGUAACCCAAAUAACUCCUCUGAAUGCCAUAUUCAUGUACAACAAGCAUUGAAAGCUAAGGAAUCAACUUACCAUGUUUCUUAUUGUACAUACCAUUUUAUAUCUAUAACCCCUUCUGUGAAACCAAGGUUUUUGAAUAAUUAUCUUUAGUGAACGAAUGAAAUGUUUUUAGGUAAUAUGCCUUUUUCCCCUCGAUAUAUACAUAUACAUAAAAGGUAAAUAAUAAUAAUUAUAGUGUAGGUACAUAUUUCCGUUUCAAAAGAAAGAGAUAGACAUCAUUUUCACUACUCUUUCUUUGGCAGGAUUUUCUUUCUUAUGGCAUUUAAAGUGUACUCAUUGAAAAUUAAUGAACUCAGUUAGUCUAGAAUAUUUGUAUAACUUAAGUUCAGGCAAUAUUGUAAUCAAAUGUGAGACUUGUAUAGGCAGAGGUCACACACAUCUGGACUCACUUGCAUAUUGGCUGCAGUAUCCCUUUGCUUUCAUAUAAUUUGGGCUUUUAUGUCUAAAAGUGCAAGAUAGUCAAAGUCUGUAAAAUAAUGGAUAUUACUUCCUAGAAUCUUUUAAUACCCAAUAAAAUGAAUGCUUGGUGCAUAUUAGUUAUGCUGUUUUUGGCAGGUCUUUUGAGAAGCAUUGGGUUGUAAAGAUACAUACAAAUAGAAGUAUGCCUGAUAUUUAAUGACAAUGUUUUAAUGGCUUAUUUUAUUCAUAAUUGAGUUUGCAUUCAUGUACAUAGAAAUUGUGUGGUCCGGUGGGGGUGUAACAGGACAUUU